UUUUUCAAAAGAAGAAGAAACAACAGUACACGAAGAAGAAAAUUCAGACAUUUUUUCUAUAAUCUCAUUCAGUGUUGGCUUUCAGUCACCAAAGGUACGAUUUUAAUCAAACUACUGAAUUUAGGGUGAGUUUUAAACAGUUCAGAAUGUCAACCCGGGCUCUGCGGAGGCUCAGAGGGAAGCAGCGGGGUCAGGAGGCCUUGGACCUGGGGGAUCUGGGAGAGAGCCCGGAGGAGCAGGCUGAAGUCGAAACCGAGGAAGUGCCACACGAGUCGGCUAAUGUUUCCACUUCUAACAUUAAUAACAACAGUCGAAAAGCGAAGAAAAACAAGGUUCAGAAAAACACAAGUAACAUCUUUGAGCUGAUAUGUGACGCUGAUGAGGUGGAGAAAAUCCCACCUGAUGACGAGGCAGAAAAACCAGGAAGAGCAGAAAAAAGCGACAAAGCAAAGAGUGACAACAACAGAGGAAUUGAGAGGCUAGCUCAAAGCCAAGAGGGAGUAUCCGCUAAGUCUGGUGACAGAGGUAAAAAGAAGAAGAAAAAGAAGAAAAAAGUGACAUCAGAAGAUGGAAAAAGAGUUGAACCUGAUAAUAUUGAUUUAUUGCUGGAGAACCUGGAGCAGUCCAAUGGUCUGAGUCUACAAAGUGAUGAAAAUGGAGGCUGCAACAAAAAAUCUGUCAUACUCGUGGAACACAGAAAUCUCAACCCAGAGACUGAGCUGAAGAGAUACUUUGGAGCUCGUGCUGUUUUAGGGGAUCAGAGACCUCGACAAAGAAACAGACAUUUCCACAGGAGUACUUGGAUGACCAGUCCGAAGGACAGCUGGCCUCGGUUCAGCCGUCCUGGAGUUUCAAUGACCUUACUGGAGUCCAAAAAUGGGAUUCAGUGUUUCACCUUUGAGCACAGUCGGGACUACCAACAAGUGCAGUUCAAGUUCCUGGAUGCUGUUGAGUCCAUGGAUCCCAACAACAUCGUGGCGCUGCUUCAGCUCAACCCCUACCAUAUCGACUCCCUGCUUCAGCUUUCUGACGUCUGCCGAAUCCAGGAGGAUCAGGAGAUGGCCAGGGACCUCAUCGAAAGGGCUUUGUACAGCUUUGAGUGUGCUUUUCAUCCUCUAUUCAGCCUGACGUCAGGUACCAGCAGGUUGGAUUAUCUGAGACCUGAAAACAGAGCAUUUUAUCUGGCUCUUUAUAAGCACAUGGUGUUCCUGGAGAAGAGAGGAUGCCCCCGUACCGCUCUGGAGUACUGCAAACUGAUCCUUAGUUUGGAUCCAGACUUGGACCCCCUUUGCAUGCUCCUCCUGGUUGAUUUCCUAAUGCUGCGCUCCAGAGAGUACAAGUCUCUCCUUCAGUUAUAUCAGGACUGGGAGGAGCACAGAAAUCUCUCUCAGCUGCCGAACUUUGCGUUCUCCUGUGCACUUUGUCGUUUCCACCUCAGCCAGCAGGAGGAUUUGGAUCCUAAAGAAGCUGAAAAUCAGAAAAAACUAGCUGACCAGAUGCUCCAGAGUGCUCUUAUUAUGUUCCCUGGAGUCUUGAUGCCUUUACUGGAUCUGUGCACGGUGCAGCCAGAUGCCACCGUCACCUCCCACUGCUUCUUUGGCCCAAAGAGUCAGAUAGGGCAGCCGCCGGCUCUGGCUGAACUGACAGCGCUGUACGUAGGGAGAACGUACGCUCUGUGGAAGGAGGCAGCCAUAAUGCUCUGGUUAGAGGAGUCUGUCAAGGAGGUGCUGCGUAGAGUUGACUCCAAAGACUCCUUUGUGGAAGAAUGCGAAAACAAGAGAAAACAGAGGUACCAGAGCGCACCGAGAAACAUCCAUCGCCACGUCCUCCUCUCUGAGAUCAAAGAGGCCACCUCCACCCUGCCCCUUGACGUGACCGCUCAGCCUGUGAUGGGGUUUGAUCUCCUUCCUCCUCUGGACUCGGUGAUCUCAUACACCAGACCAGAGAGGCAGCAUGUUGGAGCAUCCAAUGAAAGCACACUGUCACUGUUUUUCCGUUCUUUACUUCCGAACUUCAACCUUCAGGGUGGGCUGAGGCAGGAGGAUGAGAUGGGGGUGGCCCGAGCCGGCCAGGAGCUGAACCAAGAAGUAAAUCGUUUGAUGGUGGCGAUGAGGGACAUGCUGGCAAACAUCCGGUUCCAGGAGCCGCCCAGAGACGACGACCCUUACAGAGAUGAUGAGGAGUGGGACUGACUGAUGAGUGGUCGAAAAGUUUAAAAAUAAAAAAUAAACUUCAA